AUGAGCAUCGCUGUCCUGCACAUCGCGUCUACAGGUGAAAUUACGGACUCCGCAAAUAUCGGACAUUUCCAAGGGAUUCUCACGGCUGUACCUCACACACCACUAAGCAGAAUGAUGUCCACUCUGGAAAUGCUAGAGGAACUCUACCAGAGCAAAGUGGACUUCAAUGUCACAGACUUCAUCUCUUACAAAUCAAAAGCAGAACAUGUGGUCACCACUCUCCUGGCAGCAGUCCAGAAACAUGUAAAACCAAGAGACCCCAAGAUACAUCUGAAGCCCAUUGGCACUGGCAGUGCUUUUGAAGGUGUGAAAGUAAAACCAGACUUGGAGUUUGACUUCAUGGUUCCAAUUGAGAUAACAUGGGACCAGAUAAUCUUCUCAGAUAAGAAUCCAGUUAUUCCAGUUUGCUUUGGAGUCAUUCAGAUUGAAACUCCAAGAUCAACAGUAAGCAUGUUACAGUUUACUUCCAUAUGGGCUAAAGAUUUAGAUUUCAAAGAGAAGUUCUGUGUUCCAUUUCAUUGGUAUCCCCAUGUAUUGUCUGCGGAGAAGAUCCAGCGGUGGUUCCAGGCCAUGUGUGCUCAUACUCUGCCUGAGCUUGCCAUGCACUUCCCUGGAUUCAACUUCAGAUUUCGGACAAGUGGCCCUGCAAGGACUCUCGUUUUUGACUGGCUUGGGAAGGAGGUGAAUGUCGAUAUUGUGCCCGCUGUUCCAUACCGGGGUGUUUUCCUUGUGGCAAAGAUGACCUCAAACUUUGGGGAAGCUGCAUGGAGGCUUUCCUUCUCUACUACCGAAAAGGCUUUCUUUAACAGCCUGCCAGAAAACUCCUGUUACUUCAAGUGCCUGAAGAUACUAAAAUACCUGAGGGAACAGGAUAAGAAAAUAUGUCCAUCCUCCCAGUUGACCUCCAGAUGUCCUUCCUACUACCUAAAAACAGCAUUUUUCCAUCAGGUAUUACAAACUGAUAACUAUGCCUGGCAGAACUAUAACUUGGAAAGACAAGUGAAGGGUCUCCUUCUAUACCUGGCCAAAUGUAUGAAACAGCAGCGCCUUCCACACAUCUUUGUGGGGAAUAAAGAACUGGUAGGCAGACGUGAUUUGUGGCUGCGGGAUAUUCCUUGCAAGUUUUUCCACUUUAAAGAGACAAACCUUUUGAAAAAAGUUAAGAAAGAAACCUUGCACCAGAUCAGUCUAAGGUUGAUUUACAUUCAUGAUCACCUUGACAUGGUGCUUCAAAAAAUGUGCUAUUGUCCAGAUUCUUUACAGCGAUAUUCUAAGCUCUCCUCAGUUGACAUCAGAGACCCAACAGAUGAGUUGGUUAGAAGAGCAGAAGUAGUGUGCGAAAUGGAGUAUGUCAACCAUCAUCAUAGCCAUCUAUCAUUUGAGGAGACAGAGGCAUUUUGUGAAAUGGAGUAUGAGAUAACUCACACUCCACAAAGCAAAAUGGUGUCCACUCUGGAAAUGCUAGAGGAACUCUACCAGAAAAAAGUGGACUUCGAUGCCACAGAGUUCAACUCUUACAAAUCAAAAGCAGAAAAUGUGGUCACCACUCUCCUGAGAGAGGUCCAGAAACAUUUACAACCAGGAGACCCCAAGAUUAAUCUGAAGCCCAUUGGUACCGGCAGUGCUUUUGAAGGUGUAAAGGUAAAACCAGACUUGGAGUUUGACUUCAUGGUUCCAAUAGAGAUAACGUCAGACCAGAUUAUCUUCUCAAAUGAAGAUCCUGAUAUUCCAGUUUGUUUUGGAAUCAUUCAGAUUGAAAGAACAAGUACAAUGUUCAUAAACCAGUAUACAUCUAUAUGGGCCAAACAUUCAGAUUUCAAAGAAAAGUUCUGUGUUCAGAAUAAUAGGCAUGGCUAUGUACUGUCUACACAGAAGAUCCAGAGGUGGUUCCAGUCCAUGUGUGCCCGUACUCUGUCUGCACUCAGGGAAUACUAUCAUAAUAACAGUAUUACAUUUCGAGAGAGUGGUCCUGCAAGGACACUUGUCUUUCAGGAGCUUGAGAAAGAGGUAAAGAUUGACAUUGUGCCUGCUGUUCCCUACAAGGGUGUCUACCUUGUAGCAAAGAUGACCUCACAUCUUGGUGAGGCUGCAUGGAGGCUUUCCUUCUCCACCCAUGAGAAGGCUUUCUUUGACAAUCUGCCACGCAACCCCUGUUACUUCAAGUGCCUGAAGAUCCUAAAAUAUCUUCGGGAGAAUGAUAAGAAAAUAUGUCCAUCCUCCCAGUUGACCUCCAGCUGUCCUUCCUACUAUCUGAAAACAGCAUUUUUCCAUCGGGUAUUACAAACUGAUAAGUAUGACUGGCAGAAUCAGAACCUGGAAACACAAGUGAAGGGUCUCCUUCAAUACCUGUAUAAAUGUAUGAAGCAACAGCGCCUUCCACACAUCUUUGUUGGGAAUAAAGAGCUGGUAGACAGACGUGAUUUGUGGCUACAGGAUGUUCCUUCUGAGUUCUUCGACUAUAAAGAGACAAACCUUUUGAAAGAAUUAAACAGUGAAACCUUGGACCAGAUCAGUCUGAGGCUGAUUUAUAUCCAUGAUCAGUUUGAAGAUGUGGGUUCUUCAGCUGUUGACAGGUGUGGCAAUUCUUCACGUGGUGACAAACAUCUGACCGGACCGAUGGCCACCAUGCCACCCCCAGAAUCUUCAGGAGGGUUUUCGUCCGGCCAAGAUGACCACCUAAAGGGCUGUCGUGAAAAAAGUUCAAAAACACAGGGAUGA